AUGGCGAUCCGCUCGCUUCGUAUUGCUUCAGCCUACCGGGACUUCUGCCGCGCAGUUCAAGCAACCUUUGCGAAUGAUGCUUCAGCACAGCGCCAGCUAAGGGCGGAGACGGCCCGCACACUUCGGAAGCAUGCAGCCCUGAUGUCCGAAGGCGAUUUGGUGAAGGAUCUGAAGUCGGGCACCGAUAUGAUCAAAUACGAGAUUGUCCAGGCAUCCCUUAACGCUGAGACGAGCAACUACCGAGCACAUGUGAACCAGGACCACCUUUCCCGUGGGGACGUGCUGGACCUCCUGACACCGGAGGAGGCCAUGAAGAACCGUGGAAGCUAG